UGAGUACAACACCCAACUGCACAACAUGUACAAGUAUCUAGUCCAAGACUAUCUGCCUAUAUAAACAAGUACAAUUAAGUUGAAGUGAAUCAAAUUAUCAUCAAAUAACUACAACAUAUACAAGUACUGAAAAAUGGCUAUGGUGGUUGCAAGCAAACGUCUUCUUCUAGUGCUCUUUUUCUUGCUCUGCUUCAUCCCUUUCGCUGCUAGAGCACGGAGUUUGCGAGCUUACAGUAAUAUUGGAGAAGAAAAGGGCCAUGAUCAUGAUGUUAAGUUCAUGGCAAAGGAAGACACUAGUGUACCAGACAGCAGAGAUUUGAUGAUGUUGGAUUACACUCCUGCCAGAAAGAAGUCCCCUAUUCAUAAUUAAUCUGGCAGAUUCAAUAUAUAUAUAUAUAUAUAUGUAUGAGUAUCAUGUCUAGGCCUUCUAUAUAUUCUCCAGCUUAAUUUUCUAGCUAGUGUGGUGUGUAAUAUAUAUAAAUCAUAUAUAUAUGUAGUUUGAUAUAUAGUAGGCGAAACUGAGAAAAAUUGAAGGAAUGAUCGAAGGAAAUUGUAGGUUGGAUAUAUAAUUAAGAUACAUGUUAUAGGAUUCUAUGUGUUGGAGGAAACUGUUGUAUAAAGUGAGGCUGUUAUGAAAAUGCAUGUGGCUGCUGCUGGUGAUGGACUUGCUAGUUUAAACUAACAUAUAUGUUAGUUUAAAUUAGUAUUAAUUACAAAAUGUAUAAUUAAGUCUGUGAACAACAAAAUAUAUAUUUUGCUAGCUAGCUAAUGAAUGUUCUAAGAGAAAUUUUCAUCUAUCUCCCAUCUGUAUAUGACUGAAAACAAUGUUGUUUCAAAUAAUACAUUAUUAAUCAAAA